AUGUCUUCUUCCAGUGACGAUGGAGUAGAUCCAGUAGAUCUCGCCAGCAACAUCGGCACAUGGGUCGCCGCUGGGGUGGCCAUCAUUGCGCUAGUUGGUGUAGUCGGUCCAUAUCUGGCACUGCAAGCGUCGAUGAGUGAUAAAAACCGCGCCAUGAAUGCGGUGCAAGACCAACAACAGAAAUAUAUCUCCAGAGGGUGGCGGCUGACGAGGGGACUACGCAUAUUUAGAAGGAUUCGCGUGCCGAACCUUGCACCGGGUUACAUCACCAAUGAGCCAGAUACAGCCCCGCUUAUACCGCCUCUCAGUGCAGCUUUGGGCCGUUGGGGUUUCAUGACGAGGGAUUAUUUGCCGUGGAACACAGGAUGGGCGAAAUUAUCGGAACUAAUCGAGUCUUAUGAAGUACGGGAUGGGAUUAGCAACCGACGAGUUGAUUUGGACGUCCCCGACACCGGCGGAACACUAGAAGUUGUGAACAGUCGAACUGCUUUAGUGGUCAACAAACAUUGGAUCUUGAUGCUGGGUCUUCUCGGUCGGUAUGGAGACCGUGUUGACAAAGGUAUUCUACAGGGAAAGGGAAUCAGGAGGAACUUUGAUGGGGAACGAGCCUCGAUUCGACAUUUCGCCUUGCCGAGAAAAGCCAAACAAAGAGAAUCAAAUUUGGCAUUCGAAUGGGUCCGUCAGAAACAGCCUCACAUAAUAACCAGGAGGAGAGGCUCGUCCAGUCGAGACUCGGCAAGUUCAAGAUCCUGGUCAGACAGCGAUGCAGACUCUGACGGAACCGUUAUGGCUGUGCGUCGCAGUGCUUAUGGGACUAUCACCCUUGAAACGACUCCACAACCUACGAUAUAUGGCAUAACGGGCAAACUGCAGCAACUUGGUCGCCACAAAGGAUCAUGGAGUUAUUUAACUUCUCUAUCGUUUGUGCCGCAUAUUGCCAAAGAGAUUUUCGAGGCAGGUCUCAAUGAGAGAAGGGAAGGCUCUUCGUUGCAGACUUUGUUCUGGAUUGCUCAUGGCUUUUUACCGUGUGGCAGAACUGCAGAGGGACGACAGAUGGUAAUAUCGCUAGAAGCGCCGGAUCUUGCUCUUGCAUCGAUCGGUAGGAAUGUGGAUGAUACACUGGACUGGCCUGCAUACUCUCUCCAAGAGUCUGAUGAUGUUCCCGUAUCUAUUGGUAUUGCGAUGCAGUGUUUGGGAAUUCCAGAGCCACAGAUAUUGCAGUUCCUCCCACUCGAUGCUGCCAGUCAAGCAAAGCGGGUGCUCGAAAAGAUCAACCAUCACCGUGAUGAUGGUACUGAGAGUCCAACAUAUGAAACAAAUGGAAAGACCCGCCAAUGGGAACGUGACCUACCAGCCCAGCCAGCCGGUCUCAGCAUUGAUGGUCCAUGGGUUCGUUACUCAGAUGCGUCACAGGAAAAUUUCUGUCUAUUCCGAAGACGCGAUUUUGAAAAGACCCUGAGACUUGUACUCACUAUCGACUGGGAUAACUGGGGCUUCUUGAUAUGGAAGGAUAAGUUCUGGAUUUCGAUUCUACGACGCACCACUAGUAUUCUGAAGAUCAACGAGAUAUGCGAUGCUGAGUUUGGGCAAGCCUUUGGACUUUCAUCUCACUCUCGAAUCUUUGACUGGAAGCGAAGUGGCAAGUUCUAUCCACAAAGGUUGGCAGAUCAGCUGUCUUUCGACAAGUUCCUGACCGGCUAUCUCGACACCUAUGAUCUACGUCCUCUUCUUCUGUCACUGGGGGUUCUUUACAUCUUGGAUACACAGCUCCGAGAGUGUACCUUGAAGGUAUAUGCCAAUUUAUGCAAUAACGGAGAAAACAACAAUCCCCGUUCCCAAGCAAGGAUAAAGUACCUUGAAUCAGCUCUGGAGGAGGUUGAGGCGGAGCACCGGUUUCAGAAGCUUAUGCACAAGAACGAUGAAACACCAUUUAUGAACAAGAAGACGGCGGGUAUUUCAGACUCUGAGUCUAUUGACGAAGUCUAUACACAUAUGUUGAUAAGAGCAUUGGAUACUGAAACGCUCGACCACUUCAACAUCGUCUAUGAACAGGCUGAUGAUUUAUUAUACCGCAUCACCGGAUACAUUGCCCCCUGGGAGCAAGAACUUCUCUUCAAACAUACCUCCAUACGUCGAGAUCUCUACGAACUUAAGAGUCGGAUGGUUGGUGGCGUGUUGGAGUACACGUAUAAGUCGAGACAAUUAAAAUGGUACUCUGAUAAGACUUCGAUGAUGGAUUAUAGCACUUGGCAGUUGACGCCUCACGACGUGCUCGUGACUGGCGAGAAGCAGUCUAUGUGGAUUGAGGAGAAGGAUAUGGUCAUGGUGGCACUGUGGGUUGCUAACAGAGCGGCGAUGUGGAUUGGUGCUCAGGACUCAAAGCCGUUGUUGGAGUUUGUUGAAGACUUAGAUACAUAUGCAUAUGUGCUGUAG